AACCUACCUUGUGCCAAAUCAAGUACGAGCAAUAGUAGCAGAAACAAUUCUGAAAAUAUAGAAGCAAAUACCAGUACCAGUACAGCGAAUAGCGAUAAAAGUGAUUUUGAAAAUAUAGAAGGCACUCAUCUUUGGAGCAAAGCUGAGACUUUGCUGCUUAUAAAUACAUAUAGUGACUACAAAGACGAGUUUUAUAGUGGUAAAUGUACUGUAAAACAAUCUUGGGAAAAAAUAGCAAAAAUUAUGCAAGACAAAGGAUAUAAUGUAUCGGGUGUAAAAUGCUCGACAAAAUUUCAGGCCUUGAAACGUACAUAUAAAACAAUUUUAGACCAUAAUAGCAAAAGUGGUAAUAACCCUAAGAAAUGGAAAUACUUUCAGAAUAUGCAGGAAUUAUUUGCGGACAAACCAUGGGUGCAACCAUUGGCAGUGGCUGGAUCUCAUGUUACCGAAAGUGAAGAAGAAGAAGAGAAUCCACCAGAAAAACGUAUUAAAAAAAAGAAAUUAAAUACACUUAUGGAGCAAUACAUAGCAGAUAAUAAGGAAGAACAAAAGAAAAGAAGAGAGAAUAAGGAAAAGCAUCAUAAUGAAAAAAUGGUUAUAUUUAAGCGGAUUGAGAAUAUAAUGGAAAGACUGUUAGAAAAAAGAAAAGAUUAAUUGUGA